AUGUCACCAAAUCUGAAGAACUCGCGCUCGAUGCGCUUGGUUAUCGCCCUCGUCAUUCCAUUUGUGCUCUUUUGUUUCAUCUACACCUUGAGGCCCACCUCCAUAUUUGUUCUUGGUCCUAAGGAACUCCCAUAUCUGCCCUCGGAGACGACUUUGACUGGUACCGGUGAUUCAGCUUCAGUUGUGCCGACCACCACCGCUGCGCCUAGUUACAGUUAUACGCUCCCACACAAGGUCUGGCACUCGGCAAAAUCCGACAACAUAACACGAGACCAGCGUGAAUGGAUCGGCAGCUGGACAAGAAAGAAUCCCUCUAUCCGCCAAGAAUUGUUGACCGAUCUAUCCGCCGAAGCAUUCGUUCGAGCUCGUUUCUACAACACGCGACCAGACAUCGUCGAGGUCUAUGAAGGGCUCCAGAUUGCAAUUCUACGUGCAGAUCUUUUUCGAUACUUAGUCGUGCUCGCCGAAGGAGGCAUUUGGGGCGAUCUAGAUGUCAGCUGUGAGAAAGAAGUCGCCGAAUGGGUUCCCUAUGAAUAUCGGAACCAGACAAUCGACAUGAUUGUCGGACUGGAGUUCGACUUCGAAUGGCGAGGUCCGGGCACGGGUGUUGCUUCCCAGUUCUGCAAUUGGAUUUUUGUCGCGCGCCAGUCUUCGCGCAAUCUUCAGAUUGUCGUUGACUUUGUCAUCAAGAAGCUGAAGGAGAUUGCACAGGAAAACGCCGUGGGAAUCGAAGGUGUUACACUCGAUAUGAUUUCGGAUGUGGUCGACGUGACUGGACCCAAAAUGAUGACUGUUGCGAUUCUGGACAGUCUUGGACAAUUGCUCGGCAGGACUGUCGAUGACCGUGAUUUCUCGGGCAUCAAACGGCCUAAGCUAGUCGGUGAUGUUCUGAUUAUGCCAGGCGUCUCUUUUGCUGCGCUUCAGAACGGCAAUCCUACAGACCAAGGCGAUGCCCUUGUAUCACAUCAUUAUGAGGGCUCGUGGAAGAAGGAAGCCGAUGCAGCGAGGGAAAGAAAGAAGCAGGAAGAAUUGCAACGGCAACAGCAGCAACAACCCCAAGUACCGCCACCUGCUGAGACAGAAUUGGCACUACAAUGA